AUGGCACAAAAGGGCCUACGUCAAUUUCUUGGACACUGGGAUCAUGUUGAGGUGUGCGGGUACAAGUCGUACGUUUCAACACAGCGCUCCAUUUUCACGCUUGGAGAGGUUGACAUCAAGUGCAGCGUCAACAUCCGAGGCCAGCCCUUUGUUCAACGACAGCCACAGAUCCUCUCGAGUACGUCUGUGGUGUUGUUCGCAACAUCGUGGGUAACUCCAUAUAUUACGCAAAGAAAGCACUUGGAGCUCUGCUCUCGAGUGGCCAACGUCACGCUCAUACUUUUGCGUUAUUUCACCUGUUCCACGUUGGUUUCACAUACCUCGCGCGCUGCUACUCAAUCCUUCUUCACAUCCCAUUUUUCCGCAUGCCCGAUUUAUAUUCACCCCGGAGAUCGUUUGAGCGGCGAUGUGCUCUCUGCGUUCACCUCUUCUGUUCUAUUUUACUCGCUGGACUUUACAGACCUCCACAACUUGUCCACAACACCAUCGCCUGGCCGUCGUCAAUACCCACCUAUACGCGUAGGAUUUCAGUCAAAUCCCGAUCUCAGAUAUACGUUGACCCUCAUCCCCAGCCCAAAAUUCUCCAUCUUCGUCAGUUCUUCAUCUUCAAAGCAUCUCAAGCUCUAUAUGCACCUUCCCCGAAAGUGGGUCACUCCAUUGACGAGAGGUGGAAAGUACCAGGUGACUGCUAAAUUAGGUGUCGUAAUGAUGUUACAUUGA